UUCAUACGUCGAUAUGGCUCGGAAGCUGAAGAAGUCUCCUAGUUCUUCUCUAUCGCCGCCUCCGGACGAUGCCGUGAGUGAGGAAACCGUCACAGCGACAAAAACCACAGUUCAGACCAACGGCCAGGGAAAGAAAAGGAAAGCGGAAGCGACCGUAAAUUCUGUCAAGCGUGCAAGGACGAGCACUGCAACAAAGGAGGAAAAGAGUGUCAAGGAAGAAUACAAGGUUGAAGAGAAUAGCGCCGAAGUCAAGGUCAAGCGCAAACGGACAACUAAAAAGGAGUCGCAAUUGGAGCCACUUCAGGAACGGACUCCAGACACAAAAUUACGCGUUGGCGCGCAUGUCAGCAUGGCAGGAGGUGUCCACAACGCGAUUCCGAACUUAUUACAUAUUGGCAAAUGCUUUUGCGCUGUUCCUGAAGAGUCAACGAAAAUGGGACAAUCCCGCCCUGGACCCUGAACAUGCCAAGCUGUUCAUCGCAGGUUGUAAAGAGCAUUCAAUAGAGCCUGGCGCAUGCUGCCUGCCUCACGGGUCGUAUUUAGUGAAUCUCGCACAUCCAGAUGCAGCACGCAAAAAGCAAGCUUAUGAUUCAUUCCGAGAUGAUCUCACUCGUUGCCAUAAGCUUGGUAUAAAGUUAUACAACUUUCACCCGGGAAAUUCGAACGCUACUACACGUGAAGAGGGCAUUCGUUUGAUCGCGGAGAACAUUAAUAAGGCUCAUCAGGAUCCUGAGACUGGAGAGGUUAUCGCAGUUCUCGAGACAAUGGCCACACUCGGGAACACUAUUGGCGGAACCUUCAAAGACCUCGCUGAGAUCAUCGAGCUCGUAAAUAACAAGGACCGCGUGGGUGUUUGCUUGGAUACCUGCCAUGUCUUCGCUGCAGGGUACGAUCUUCGAAGCCCAGAAGCAUACGCAAAGACCAUGAAAGAGUUCGACGACGUCAUUGGACUUGAAAACCUCAAAGCAUUGCACAUGAACGAUAGCAAAGCGCCCUACAGCUCCCAUCGCGACCUUCACGCACAGAUUGGCACAGGCUAUCUUGGUCUACGUGCUUUCCACAACAUCGUCAAUGACGAGCGGCUCCACGGUCUUCCCAUGGUCCUUGAGACACCCAUUGACGCCAAGGACGAAAAUGGGAAAAAGACUGAGGACAAGUCUGUUUGGGCCCGAGAGAUAAAACUCCUCGAAGAACUAGUCGGGAUGGAUAUCGAAAGUAAGAGAUUCAAAACGCUGGAGCAAGAAUUGCAAGAAGCAGGCGCGGGGGAGCGUGAGCGGAUCGGUGGCCAGGUCGAACGCAAAAAGUCCAAAGCUAACGGCACACCGAAGAAGAAGGGCAAAAAGAAGGUCGUAUCCGACGAUGAAGAGGAUUCGGAUUGAAUCGUGCGUCAGAAAAGACAUGAUUGAUCCACACAGCCACAAGUUAACUACGGUCUGAUCAUUAUGACCGAUCUUGA